AUGGCCUACAACCAAUAUGGGGGAAACCCCUACAGCAUGCCACCACCUGGCUAUGGUGGCUACGGCCCUCCUCCGCCUGGCUUAAAUGCGCCUCCAGGCUUAGGGCCGCCUCCAGGAAUGUCUGCUCCUCCCGGUAUGAGUGCUCCUCCAGGUAUGCAGCAGGCCAACGCUCCCCAAUCUGGGCGUCCCGGCGGCUUACCCGCCAACUUUCAGGCCCCGCCUAAUAUGCCGAACAUCAACUUCAACGCACCCGUUAUCAGACUAGGCACAAGCACACCGGCCGCAGAAGGAGGUGGUGGUGGAGGAGGAGGAGGAGGAGGAGGAGGAGGAGGAGGAGGAGGUCGAAGCGGCGGUGGUGAUCGGUCACACGGCUCCGGCUCCGGCGGCGGCAGACCAGGCCUGGGUAUGGAGCGGGGUGCGGACCGCGAGCGAGGUGCCGCAAGAGAACCCCCUCAAUUUCUGUUACCUCCUACGAGUGACGAAAAACUCCGAACCAUCAUGCUCCACCAGCUGCCUGAUGGCAUGCGCGGCGAUGAGGGAGUCCAGAAGCUGUUGGGUGCAGUGGGCGCCCUGCGGAAGUGGGAGUCUUCUGCCAGCGUCAUGGACGAGCAUAAAGGAACCAGGUUCGGGUUCGCCUUGUUCGAAGAUGCCGAGUCCCUGUCCAACGCCGUAAAGCUACUGUAUCAGCAGGACAUUGAUGUACCAGCUCAACGGCAGGCCGGCACGACCGAUCCGAUGCCGGAGGACGACAGCUUUGACGGCAUUGAGAAACGAAAGCUCGCGGUUGCCGUGGACCCCACCAGUCUGAAAUAUGCCGAGUCUUUUGAGGAGAAACGGUCAGAUAACCCCGAUGCGCUCAAGCGGCUGGAGAAGGCGCAAGCGGAGCUCAAACGAGUCAUCAGAGAGCUGUUUUACCCGCCCAUCAGCACGGACGCCGAUAAGGACGGUGACGUUGCCAUGAAGAACAGUGCGGACGAGAAUGUUGAGGUGAUCAACAUCUCCAUAGCCCAGGAAGACGAAUUGGCCGACAUCCCGGCGGAGAUGCGCGAGGUUGUGGCCGGAGAAAUUGCCUCGUUUCGUGAGAGGAGCAACCAGCGAGACCUGGAGCGGCUCAGAAAGGAAGAAGAGUUUGAAGAGAUGGAGAGGCAGAGGAAUGGGGCGUCACGCCAAACAGCCGGAGCCAACAAUAUACCGCUGGGUCCCAGGUCUUCGGUACCGAAGGCUCCGUCCGGGCCAAGGGGACAGAACGGCGUCAACCGAAGCGUGUCGUUUGUCAAUGGCGAAUAUGGGACAAGUCGGGCCGAGGAAGAGUCGGAUACCAGCGACACGGAGCUGGAACGACGACGCAGGAAGGCGCAGGAAGCAGAAGACGACAAGGCCUACGUGGAUGCCGAGCGCAAGUGGACGAACCGUGAACGGGCAAGACAGUCUGCGCUGGACCGAGAGAGGGAUCGCGAGAAUCAAGAGGCCGAGUCGGAGCAGCGCAAGAAGGACGAGCAGCUGGAACGAGAGCGGUCUUGGAACGACGAGCGGGAGGCGAGCCGCAAGUCUCACCCGUACUACCGCGACCAUUCAAGCUGGGUGAGGAAACGAGCGGCAGACCGGGCGGACGAAGAGAGCAAGGACGACGCGGACCGGCGGGCGGAGAACGAGGAACAGCGCAGAGAGCAAGCGCAGCUGGAGAAGGCGCGAGGCAUGGCGGAUUCAUUCCUGGACCAGCAAGCAGAGGAGAUGGACCGGCGCGAAGCCGCCUCUUCAGCCGCCGCCGCCGUUGCUGCUGCUUCAACGGCGACGGCGACGGCGGCGGCGGCGGCGGCUCCCCAGCCGUUCAAGCUGUCGUUGGGUGCGGCUGCCCAGAAGGCGCAGGCCUCCAGGCUUCCGCAGCGGCGCACGAUUGCCGAGGUCGAGGGGCUUCUGGACGACGAGGACACGGAGCAGUCGAGCAAGCGACAGCUCGUCCCGAUCCAGCUGGAGCCGAUAUCUGGCGCGGCGGCCAUGACGGAGGAGGAGAUCACGCAAGCCGUCAGGGCGCUUGCCCAGGAGAUUCCGUCCGACAAGGACGGGCUGUGGAGCUGGGGGGUCAAGUGGGACUACAUGGACGACUCGGUUGUGCGGGAGAAGCUGCGGCCGUUUGUGGAGAAGAAGGUGGUGGAUUACCUGGGCGUGCAGGAGGAGAUGCUGGUGGAAGCGGUGGAGGAGCAUCUGCGCAAGCACGGCACGGCGGCGGCUCUGGUGGAGGAGCUCGAGGGGGCUCUGGACGAAGACGCCGAAGAUCUGGUCAAGAAGCUGUGGAGGAUGGUCAUUUUCUUUACCGAGAGCGAGAAGCGCGGGCUGCCGGCGUAG